CUACCACAGCUCAAAACCACAAGAUGCAACUUAAACUUAGUUUGCUGCUGCUCGUCCUCGGCGUCUUCGCCUGCGCCUGGGCUUAUCCUAAUCCGCUUCUGACAUUCGACGACGAGCCGGCCACACAAUUGCUGGCCGGGAACUACGAUUGGGCGCCAAGUGAACAGGUGGAGCAGCUUCGCGUGCGUCGCCAGCUGAAUGUGCAGGGCGGCGGCAGUCCGCGUCAGGGCUUCGACUUGAGCGUCAAUGGACGCGCGCCCGUCUGGCAGAGUCCCAACGGUCGCCACUCGCUGGACGCGACGGGACAGUAUUCCCAGCACCUGGGCGGACCCUACGGCAACAGUCGGCCCAAUUGGGGCGCGGGCGCACAGUAUACGUUCCGUUUCUAGAGCGGGAAAUG